AUGGAGGAGACAGCGGUAGGGGUAGGCUCUGCGAGGGCUCAACCUGGACUGCGACGACGAGCAGGACGAGCGAAACAUGUAACGGGGUUCUCUGGAGAGGCCAGCUGGACCAGCAGUGUGAUCAAUCUGGUCAAUACAAUCAUCGGCGCCGGAGUACUAGCCAUGCCGCUCGCGAUUUCGCACAUGGGAAUCGUUUUGGGAACGUGUGUGAUCUUAUGGUCCGGGGUCACGGCGGGAUUCGGGCUCUACCUUCAAUCAAGAUGCGCUCAAUACCUCGAUCGAGGAAGCGCCUCCUUCUUCGCGCUCUCGCAAUUGACAUACCCCAACGCCGCCGUGGUCUUUGAUGCGGCCAUUGCGAUCAAAUGCUUCGGGGUUGGCGUGAGCUACCUCAUCAUCAUUGGAGACCUCAUGCCUGGGGUGGUCCAGGGCUUUGUGGGAGGUCAUCCAGUUUAUGAUUUCCUGAUCGAUCGUCAUUUCUGGGUCACUGCAUUUAUGUUGAUUGUGAUACCUCUUUCGUACCUGCGCCGCUUAGACUCGCUAAAAUACACCAGCAUCGCGGCUCUCGUAUCCAUGGCUUACCUGGUCGUCUUGGUCGUAUAUCAUUUUGUCAUAGGAGAUACAACUGCGGAUCGUGGACCAGUUCGCGUGAUCCACUGGGCUGGCCCGGUAUCGACCCUCGGCAGCCUUCCGGUCAUCGUCUUUGCAUUCACAUGCCAUCAAAACAUGUUUUCUAUUCUCAAUGAAAUCAAGAACAACAGCCACUUCCGGACGACAAGCGUCGUUUUUGCUAGCAUCGGUAGUGCAGCCGCCACCUACAUUCUGGUCGCCAUCACUGGAUAUCUUUCAUUUGGUGAUCAUGUGGCUGGGAACAUCGUCGGCAUGUACCCUCCAGGUGUCUAUGCGACGAUCGGCAGAGCUGCGAUUGUUAUGCUAGUCAUUUUCUCUUAUCCUCUCCAAUGCCACCCCUGCCGAGCCUCAGUCGACGCCGUGUUGAAAUGGCGACCUGCGGCCCAAGCCUCCGGCAUUGACAACUCCCCACACCGACACCCGUUGCUUGGUCCGCGUGGCAACCGUGUGCCGGAGCCCAUGAGCGAUCUUCGUUUCUCGAUUAUCACUACAACCAUCCUAAUCCUGAGCUAUUUGGUAGCCAUGACUGUUUCUUCUCUUGAAGCAGUGCUUGCAUACGUGGGUAGUACGGGCAGUACCAGCAUAAGCUUCAUCUUGCCAGGGUUAUUCUACUACAAGAUCUCGGCCCCUGACUCUGCUGCCCACCGUGGUUUGAUGAAGGAAGACGAUGAGGCUGCGGAAGUUUUCACUGAUGAAGAAGACGAAGACGGAGAUGAAGGCGACGGUUCCCUUGCUCGAUCAUUGACCGAGAGCGGCAUUUUGCUCCGCGGAGGUCGUCACUGGCGCAAGGGGUUGCUCCGCCCUUUGAGUUUGGCCCUGGCCAUCUAUGGCAUUGUAGUCAUGGUCGUCUGUCUGACCACCAACACCUUCUUCGUCACUUCGCACUGA